AUGCCGCCCAAGAAGCCUGAGCCGGCGAAGAAGAAGACGAAGGCCACGGUCGAGGACAAGAAAAAAGGUGGUUCCGCGAAGAGGCAGAUUGCACAGCUCCAAGCCCAAGCAGCACACAACAAGACCGCCGAAGCCAAGAAGAAGGAGGCUGAGAAGGCCCGUCGUGAAGCCGAGAAGAAGGCCGCCGAGGCCGCAAAGAAGGAAACCCUAGAAUUGUUCAAGCCCGUGCAGGUUCAGAAGGUUCCUUUCGGUGUMGACCCGAAGACCGUCCUGUGUGUCUUCUACAAGCAGGGCAACUGUGAAAAGGGAAAGAAGUGCAAGUUCAGUCACGAUCCGAACGUUGAGCGGAAAGCGGCCAAGAAGGAUCUUUACACCGAUUCACGAGAUGUGAAGGCUGCGGAGGAGGAGGAGAAGAAGGGUGACACGAUGGACCAGUGGGACGAAGAGAAACUUCGCAAAGUUGUUCUCAGCAAGCACGGCAAUCCUCGGACGACUACCGAGAAGGUUUGCAAGUUCUUCAUUGAGGCGGUCGAGAACCAGAAGUAUGGUUGGUUCUGGGUUUGUCCUAAUGGAGGCGACAAGUGCAUGUACAAACACAGCUUGCCACCUGGAUUCGUGUUGAAGACAAAGGAGCAGAGAGCUGCUGAGAAGGCUAUGAUGGACAAGUCUCCAUUGAACACGCUAACCCUCGAGGACUGGCUCGAAUCGGAACGUCACAAGCUCACCGGCAACUUGACACCGGUGACACCCGAGACCUUCGCCAAGUGGAAGAAGGAGCGUCUGGAUAAGAAGGCUGCAGAGGAACAAGCCCGCAAGGCCAAGGAGGCCACAGGUCGUGCUCUGUUCGAGAGCGGCAACUGGCGUGCGGAGGAGGAGAGCGAGGAGGAGGAUGAGGACGACGAAACCUGGAACCUUGAAGCUCUGCGGCGGGAGACCGAACGUAUACGGGAGAGGAAAGAAGAGGAACGUCUUGCCCGUCUGGCUGGUAUUUCCGUCACGCCAUCUUCGAAUGACGAGACCGUUGCCCAAGAGGGCGAAGGCUGA